UCCAAGUCGUGCAAACGGCAACUAGGGUGCUAAAGAACGCAAUGUGUAUCUUUUAAUAGACUUUUUUCUUUGGUGUUGUUUCCGCUGGCCUUGACUCUUUCACCCCGUGCGCAAGCAACCUCGCCUGUUGCAGGACCACCCUCAUUAUCGUCGUCAAUUGUUUACACUGUCUUCAUUAGCGUCCAGCCCUCCAGUGAUAACAAAGCUUAAAAGAAGCCAUCAAUGGCAGUGAUAAGCACGGCCGUGCUACUAUUUUGGUCAACACUAGUCACCCCCGUAUUUACUCUUGGGAGCAUGGGAGUGGACAUCACUGCCAUGGUCCUUCCACUGGGAAUCUCCUUUGUCCAACGUUGCCGUCACAAAAGCUAGCAAGUUGUUUGUUUGAAAAAUGCACAACUCCAGGAGGUUCUUGUUCCAGGUGUGUUUGAGUCUGGUGCUUUCCACGGGCUCUUGCACCUGCAAGCCACUCGGCAACGACAUCCACGGCGACGAUGACCUCGAGGGAUUUUACUCCGAGCACUCCACACAGGAGGAUCUUAUAGAGGAGGAGGACGUGGACUCCAGGAUGGUGAACCUCCUCAGAUCCGUCAAAGAAAACUUCCUGAGGAAACUCAACCUUUCCGAUGUGCCACAGGGGCACGGAAAAAUUUACCCGCCGCAGUUCAUGAUGGAGCUCUACAACAAGUACGCUUCAGACAGCACGGUGAUCCCUCAGUCCGAUGUUAUUCGCAGCUUCACAGUCCAAGAAAUCGCACAUUCUGUGACAAACGGCAGAAAGUCAAGACACAGGCUGCUGUUCAACAUCAGCAUACCCGGCCAUGAAAAGGUCAUCACAGCCGAAUUACAACUCUUCUUCCUCCCGGAUGCCAGGUCAAAGGUGACCUCCCACAGAUUCACGGCCUCUGUCAAUGUCCACAAAACGGAUUACGGCGGUUUGAAAUCCCACCCACAGCCUCUGGCUUGCACAGAGUUGAAAGGGUCUCAGAACAUGUGGGUGACGUUGGAUGUCACCCCAGCCGUACAGGACGCAGUCCUGUCCGGCAAUGGAAUAACUGGAUUUGAUGUGGUGGUGGAAGGGAACGGCUAUGACGAUGAUAGCGGUGGUUUGAGCUUGAGCCUUUCAGUGGGAGAUAACACCUCAGCGGCUUUGAUCGUCUUCUCAGAUGACCUCGGCGGCAGGAGGCGGGAGGCCAAGAAAGAACUCAGAGAGAUGAUGCUCCAUGAAGAAGAAACCAUAUUCCACUCAGAGGCCAACUGGAACACCGAGAAUCGAAUCGCCAAUCAGAUUCCCGGAGCUCAGUAUCGCCGCAAGAGGAGAAAGGCGGAGCGGGAAUACUGCAGGCGAACGUCUCUCAGGGUCAACUUCAGGGACAUCGGCUGGGACAGCUGGAUCGUGGCACCUCGGGAAUAUGACGCGUUUGAAUGUCGGGGCUUGUGCUACCACCCGCUGACAGACGACUCCAGCCCAUCCAAGCACGCUCUCAUUCAGACGCUGAUGAACAUCCGAAACCCCACAAAGGCCAACAUGGCGUGCUGCGUCCCCAUCAAACUGGACCCUAUCACUGUCAUGUAUAAGGAGAACGGAUUCGUCACGAUCAGACAUUUGUAUGAGGAGAUGAAGGUGGCAGAGUGUGGAUGCCGGUAGUCAGAAAGAACGCCACAAUUACAGUACAUCUGUUAUUGUUAUGAUUAAAACCGUAUUUAUGGUGUCCUGCUAUUUUAGGAAUCCAUGUAAAUCUGUACAUUUGUAAUUUCAAUACAUAGCUUCCUACUACGGGAUCAUAAUGUACAGAAUGUGUCCAGUAGUCAACGGACCGUUGCCACUUAUAGGAUUAAUAGUUACUGUACAUAGUCCUGUAUAGUGCAUCGGUUUCUUUUACGACGUGGAAAUGCUCAGAAAUGAUGCAGGAUAUUUUACAUUUCAUGACAUAAUACAUGAAUAAAGAACUGUGCACAAUAAUCACUGA